GUUAGCACAAGGUUUCGAUUCAUUCUCAUCUUUUUUCCUCCUUACCUGUCUCCACCAAUGCUUCAUAAUCCUCAGGGCUGUGCCGUCAAGUGGAUUGCGAGGAUAUACCUUUGCAUGCUUGAUGUGAUAGAUGACUAUGCGCAAUCACCUUCAAUCCCCAGGUGAUCCACAGCUCUCCUGGAGAUUAGUAUAAACAUGGAGAAAGACCCUUCUACCUAGGUUUGCUCUACUCAUUGUGUUCCUUCAACCCAUCUCUUCUAAACAUUAGCCUUUUGACGAGCUGUAUCUUUGCUUCUCCAAUCACAGCCUAGAUCUAGAAUAUGGAUUCAGUCAACCCCGGCCCUGUUAUCGAUGACAAACCUUCAUCAACUUUCAAUCAAUCACGCGGAGUUCUAGAGCAGUCACAAACUUUGAGCUCUCAACAUGAAGACUUGAACACUUCAAGCCAGCGAGGAGAUGAAGCCAUAAAUGCGUCUCUCGAGAGCCGACCCAAUGGCAUUUUUAUCAUAGAGCCCAAUCACCCGAGAACUCGAGAUUCCUUCGAAGGCGACAUAGAAAUAUCUACUGAAUUUUUCGACGACAAAGAACAUCUAGAUAGUAGCGCCGUCACAUCUUCCGCCAAUAGUGUAUAUGUCGCGAAGCAAGAGUUAGAAGAGCCGCCCUAUCACAUCUUUUCUAUGGCAAAGAAAAGACAGCUUGUGUAUAUAGUAUCUCUUGCAGGCUUGUUCUCUCCAUUAUCAAGCAACAUCUAUUUUCCAGCCUUAAAGGAGAUUUCCACGUCUAACUGUAACAGUUUAUAUGAUUGUUUCAAGGACUUGCUCCGUCAUUCUGGGGGCCAAUCAGUGACACAAAAGGUUAGUACUUCCUUACGAAGGAGAAUUACGUUCAUGGGUACAUUUAUCGUAUAUCUCGCUUCAAAUAUCGGUCUGGCUUUUAGUGAUAACUUCGCGACCCUCAUGGUCUUCCGCGCAAUACAAGCUGCCGGUAGUGCCGCAACGAUAGCUGUCGGUGCUGGAGUCAUUGGGGACAUCACAACUCCCAAAGAACGCGGAGGUCUCAUUGGCAUAUUUGGUGGUAUCAGAAUGUUAGGGCAAUCCGUGGGCCCAGUCUUUGGAGGAAUCAUCACUCAGUAUCUGGGAUUCCGCGCGAUAUUCUGGUUUCUUUUUGGCUUGGGUGCGCUAGCUCUUCUCUUAAUCGUCGUACUUCUUCCAGAAACGCUUCGAAGUUUGGCUGGGAACGGUUCUAUCAUCCUUAAGGGUAUCCAUCGACCAUUGUACUAUGUACAACCAUCUACGGAACACCCCUCCCAAGAACUUCCCACAAAGAAGAAUGUUACCGUUUCCUCAGUCAUCGCUCCUCUCAAGUUUUUACUCGAAAAGGAUGUCUUCGUUACACUGUUUUUCGGUGCUAUCAUCUAUACCGUCUGGUCCAUGGUAACAUCCAGUACCACCGCCCUAUUUUCGGAGCACUUCGAUCUCAACAAUCUGGAACUCGGAUUGAUCUUCUUGCCAAAUGGCGCCGGUUGCAUCAGCGGUUCCUACCUCACAGGCUAUCUCAUGGACUACAACUACAAAGUCGUCGAGUCUCGUUACCGCAAACAACACAACAUUCCGGCCGAUAUUCAAGUCAAGGCCAAUGAACUGCUGGAUUUUCCUAUCGAAGUCGCAAGAAUGAGGAACAUUUGGUGGAUUGUCAUAGUUUUCGUUAUUACCACGGCCCUUUACGGCUACUCAUUGAACCUCGAAAUUAUUGCUCUUCCACUAGUUCUACAAUUCUUUAUUGCAUACACGGCUACUGCGGUCUUCUCUUCCAACAGCGCCUUGAUCAUCGACCUUUACCCCGGUAAAUCGGCAAGCGCUACCGCUGUAAACAACCUCAGUAGAUGUUUGUUAGGAGCAGCUGGUGUGGCUGUAGUGCAGCUGAUUAUUGAUGCAUUAGGUUCUGGGGUGACAUUUUUGAUAUUCGCUGGAAUAACUUUCGCGUGCACUCCAUUGUUGAUGUUGGAGUGGUAUCACGGAGGAAGAUGGAGGACGGAAAGAGCCGAAAAGUUGAAGAAAAAGGAAGAAGCCAAGCGCGCAACAGACUUGGAGGGAUGAGACUUGCAUAUGUAUAUCCCAAACAGCAAAUUAUAUCAUCGGGUCAAGAGAAUGACAGACGUCACGGAUGGAUAGAAGUGGACCUCUGCCUCUGAUCUUGAGACAUCUAUGGUCUUGCCACCAUUAUUAGAGUGUGUGGAGCCCCGCAUCCUAUGAUCAGACCUGCUUAUGGCAGCUCAUUGACGAUGGAAACUUGGAUAUCACAAGUUCCUCGAACACCUGGAGCAGAUCAAAAGAUCAUGCGAAGAGAAGUAGACCUGUAUUCAAGGCCUGAUAAAAUGGCCUUGAUAAUGAGAAUGAGGGGAUAUUGGGCGGUGUUGUAAUAUCAUUACAGUCGCCACAACCCGGAUUAUCAGAUAGAUGAAAAGAUACCAUAACGAAAAUUUUCAAUUAUU